AUUUAUCUCUCACACAGUCAGGCAGCACACACACCACAGGCAUACCGGCACUCUGUUUCUCCAGCUCAAGGUUUUACCUGCUUCCUUUCGUGCAGCUCACCACCCUCGUGUUUUACAGCCACAGCUUUCCUCUGCUGCUGUUCCUCACAGAGCCAGCUAAAUACCUCACUUGUUGACUCGUGAGCAACAUGUAAGUAAACUUUACCUCCUGUACUGAUUGUGUAGAUCUUAGCACCUGCAGUGUGUUUGAAUAGUGUGUUGUGAAUGUGUGCUUGAAUAGGGGGGAGGACUUGUUGCUGUGGAAGGUAUCAACAGUAAACUAUUAUACUUAACGGUGAUGUUUGACUAAAUGUUAGUGCCAAAACCUCUCCUUUUAUAGCAUGGUUAUGUUAAUGCAUUCAAACUUGUUGCUCAUGAAACCAAAUGUGAAAGGAUUCAAGUGAAGACUUCAGUGUGACAGUUUGAAAGAAAGCAAACAAAGUAAAUCAAGCAGUCAGUCAUGGUUCAGGCAGACUUUGUCUCUUUCUGUGUCUCUGCCUGAGCUUCUUCGUCUUUGAGACUGAACGCCAAAAUCUAAAAAUACAGGUCUUGAUUAUAACAUUUGGCAGCUCAGCUCCAGGACUAUUUUCAUUCUCUGAGCCCUCUCAGCUGUGAAAGGGCGAGAAGCUGUGCUCUGCGCUGCUGACUGACUGGAUUUACGGCUACAAUGACAAGUUUGAUGAUGACAUUUUUUAUUGUUAAUGUAUAUGUCAGGGCAGAGUGAAAGUUACAAUUUCCUCACCCCCUCUUUUACUCACAGCUGAGCAUAAAAACAUCAUGUCAAAUGAAACAAAGACUAUAAAGACUAACAGAGAGUGCCUCCAGUGUACUUGUUACAUCUCAAUACACCAGUUCAUUAUUUCUGGUACUGUAUGUACACAAAUGACUCAUCUGCUCCCACUGCUGAUUAGUCAGAAACACAGCAUUGCUCAUACUUGGUUUGAGCACAACAAUUACACACACUUAAAUAAACAUUAAUAGGAAUACAACUGAGGUGUACACAAAUGCCUCAGCUGUUCGAGUUGAAAGAAAAAAAGUUGAUUGUGCAAAGUUGGACUCUCCAAAAUUUAAAAACUCCACGUGUUGCAUCUUUAAAAAAAUGUAAUAUUAUGGGGUGCAAGUUUGGCCCAGUGGUUGGGUCACCUGCUCCAAGCACAGAGACUAGUACUUGAUGCUUGAAGUCUGGAUUCAAAUCCAUCCCGCAGGCCCUUAACUUUUUGUCAUUCCUUACCAUCUCUCUCAAUUUCCUGCUCCAUUCACUAUGACUAAAGGCUGAAAAGCUCAAAGAUUAACUCAUAACAAGAUUUGAAUAUUGGUAACAGUUCAAGAUUUUCCAUCCGUUGUUUAUUAAUGUGAAUAUCUAAAGUGUUCUAGACUUUUUACAUGUGAACUGGAACAUUUUGAUCAGAAAACUUGAUACAGUUUUAAAAAAAGAAUCUUUUUGAAUAUGAGUAAAAACACUAAAGCCAAAUGGUUGAGACAUUUGAUGCUCUAGCCAUCAAAAACAACUGCAAACUAACGUCAGACCAAACAUCCUCAUCCUCCUUGUUGAACUACCCAUCUUGGCACAUAGCCCUGAAUGGUUUUGUUUUUCUUUUUUCGUGGGGAACAAGUCAACCAGUCAAACAGUACAUAAACAAAAAACCACGAGUUAAACAGGAGCUCUACAGAGCCAGCUUGCACUGUCAGCCACAGGCCAGUAGUUAGAUCUGAUCUUAUGUAACUUCGAUACUCAAUUAUGGUUUUCACAUCAGUUUCUGGAGUCGGCUUUUUAGAGCAUUGUUCGGCCUCUCAGGGGAACUCAGGGCAGAGGGCUUCUUGAGGCUUUUUGAGGUGGAGGCUCGCUCCUUACUUCCAGCCAAAGACACAUGGGUACUCAAUGUACAUCGAGUCCAAGUGAAAACACUGCAAUCUGCUGUGGUCAUUUCCUUUGUGGCCAGUGUGGUGUGGACUGAAUCACACUGUCCUUUCAGUGCUUUGUGCUUUGACUGUUGUACAGAUGGGCUUUGGCUUCUGGUACAUUACAGCCACAUCGAGGUUUUAUGGUCAUAAUCAAUUCAGGAAUUAGACCAAUCCAUAGCAGGAAGAUUUGUUCACUUUGAAUCAGAAAGGACAGGUUAAGUCUGUUGUUAAGUUAGAAACAUUAACAGAGUUUGACCUGCUUGUUUAUGUUUUUCUCUCUUUAGUCUGAGGACCAAAGUUCAACUGUUGUGUUAAAGCUUGUAUGUAUAGGGGAGGGACAAAAAUGUGGAAGGUGCAUAACAUAACAUAGCAGCCGUUGGCUAAAACAAACAGAAACUGACUUUUUCAUCACUGCUCUUUAGACCUGCACCACCUUUCUCUUCAGCAGAGAGUUAAUCAUUAAAAGGAAACGGUUGGAGAAAGACUUCAGUGUGUGAGUGUAUUUACACACGUGAGUGGGCGUGGGUAUGAGCAUGUGUGUUGAUCCACUUAAGACCAGUUUGGCAAAACACAUUUUUGGGUCACUCAAUCACUCAGUCAUUUUGAUUUCAUCACAUACAUUUAAAAAGAUGCAUUCACUGUAGGAUAUGAUCUUGUUAUUUGCAUAAAUGCACGGCUAUAAUAAGAGUUAGGAUAAGGGUUAUGCAAGUAGUCUUGAACACAACAGUCAAAUGUCACUAUGAAGCGACCUUAGCAAACAUACAUAUGAGUGGGUAUGUGGUUCUGUCACUGAAUGUGGACGGAUGUGUGUGAUUGAUUGCCUCCACGCCUCUGCUUUCAGGAAUGUGUUCAUCAACACCACGUUGCACUUUCUGUUUACCUUUAGGCCUUACUUUUCCAGCCUGGAGCGAGUGUAUACAAACAUUUACUGAUAAAGCUUAAAAGUUCCUGACUUCAGCAUUUACUAUAAAAAUCAUUUUACUAAAACCAUCAGGUUUUAAACUUAUUAUUUAAACUUAAACCAAACUUAUUCUCUUUUUAGAAUGUGGCUUAUUUUUGUUGGUAAUUACAAAAAUUAACAUGAUUAUGUGAUGCAGAUAUUUGCUGUGGAGAGUGCUGGAAUUAUCAAGUUUUCAGGAUUUUGUGCAAAAAUAAGGCAUUUCUGCAUUUCUAAGGUGGUAUUAGUCUUCAGUCUAGUGAGAUUGAAACAUUCAGCAAUAUCUAGUACACACAUUCAAGACUGAAAUCCUCCCUUGCUUACCCCUCCCAUUGGUGAAAUGACAGUGGCCAUAGAGGACAAGAAACCCUGAUUAUGCUAAAUAAGCAGGAUGCUCCAUUUAUCAAGUUUUAACCAUCAAAUCAUCAAUCAGUAUUUGUUAUGGGCUGUGCUGCUCAACCCUAUUUGUGCUAAAGGUGUGCAGUCAGUGUUUUUUGUAUUUUUAAUGUAUUGAGUUUGUUUAUUUGCAGUCUGUUUAUGUCCUCCUACUGACAGAUGUGCUAUUUUAAACUGGUUUUGUAAACUUACAGUGCUCUCUCACUGACAAAAACUCAAACUCAAAUCAAGAAAAAAAAAAACAGCUGUAUGUGUAUUCUGUUUGUACAGUGUUUGCUGCUUUAAAAUUGAGUCUGUUUUGUAGAUAGGGAAUGCAGAUGUAUUACAGAUAUCUUUUUAAUGUUCUGUGUCUGCUGCAGGGUUUCCUUGCAAAAAUGACACGACUUUGCAACCAAGCACACACAAAUACUCACACAUAUACACACAGAGAUAUGAGGAUGUCUACAUUCAUGGAUGUACGGCUUUACAUAUUCACAUGUGACAGGAUUUCACCGUACCCCUCCUCAUCCCACCCCUGGGAGUAAUUGUGCAUGGAAGUGUGUGUUUCCUGGGGCCACAGACUCAGACAGUGGCAGGCAGAGGUUGAGUGGGUUGGUGUGUAUGUGGAUGGGGGUUGAGGGGUGACCAGCAGAUGAAGUGGGUGGGGGAGGGCCGUACAAAGAUGGGGCUUUAGAUGUUAUAAUAACUGCUUAUGGUUGGGUGCAUGUUUUCGUGCACUUGUCUAGACUCCAGUGGGUAUAAGAGUUGCAUAACUCUGCAGUCCAACCCGUCAGUCAUGCAUGACAGUCAAGUUCCCCAUCAGGCAGAGAGCAGUUUCAGAACAGUCUGUUUUUAUUGUAAGAGUUUGACUUUGGAGUUCCUCUGAAAGGACUCAUGCAUAAACACACAUACAGCAAUGAACAAAAACAAAGAAGCUGAACAAAGGGGGGGCAGAAGUAGAUGCAUACAAAUAUAUAAACAUGCAAUACAAUAUACAUAAAAAUGUGCAUUAUGUGGCCCGACAUAUGCUAUCAAUGAACAACAAUGUACACUGUCUAUAAUAGUCAAACUGUUCUUUAAGACACACAAACAGAAGACAAUUGUGCAGUGUUGAUGAAUGCACAGGCUGAUGAGAUAAGUGCCUCAGGUUUAAAUUGGAAAGGCAGUUUUUUUUUUUUCUGUGCCAGUUUUUGUUCGAUUUGUAUGAUUCCCCUUACAUCUGAAAACCAAUCAAGAAAUCAUAUUAUCCAAUAAAAGAAAAAGUAGCACCCUAAGAGCCUUCUCAGCCAGUCUAAGUGAUGUCAUCUAAAGGGGCAUUAUAAAGCUCAGGGAAAACAGCCACCAUAAUGGGAAUAUUGACUGCAAAUAAACCUCUAGCUUAUCUGGAGACUUGCAAAGAGGUGGAGUUGAGGGCAUAGCCUAGCCACCAGCAAACAGCCCCAAAUCAGCCCAAACCCCCUUACAACUCCUAAUUCUGCAUAACUCUAUGACUUAAACAACUAAAUGUCGUUAUUGGGACGAAAAGUGGGACAUACAGACCAAAACUGAUGUUUGCAUCAGGCUGUACAUUUGCCAAAUCCUUCUGUAAAACCGGGCAAUUUUAUAAUUGGCCCGAUGGUAUUGUGCUUUGGUUUUGGAGCCAGCCUUCAGUGGACACUCACAGAACUGCAUUCUUUUUUUGUUUCUGCAUCGCUUUAUUCUUCAACAAUGACAGCUGCCUCUUGCACUUUAUAUUUUGACAGGACAGUUUGCCUUUUCAUUUAUAAAUCUGCCAAUUUGCACUUAUUUUUAUGGCAGCAAAUGGUCAAGUUGAAGGUAUUUUGAUUUGUCUAGUACUUAAAGUGAACAGAUUUGAUCUUCCGCCUAGCUCAAGCGCAGUCUACUAAUGCACAAAUCUGUGGUUACAACCUCCAAUGGCGGUUAUACUCUUGUUGCUUCCUUACGGUCUUCAUCAUCACUUACAUAAGGACAGUAAAGUGGGUGAAUGAGGCAGUACAUAUAGGCUGUAGCAGAAAAAAAUCAUUGUUGUGUCUGCAUGUUCUUUUUUGACACAGUAGCCUUGAAUGUAAAUUAGGAGCAGUCUGUUUUUAUUAUCUGAUACUUUCCAAAAAAUGUCCACAAAAACAGGCUCAAUGCAUCUGCCUAAGCAGGCUGAACCUGAGCUAGCACCAGAGGAUCAUCUCCUGUUUUUUUUUUUUUUUUUGAUGAUUGUGUUCAUAUUGAGCUCCCUCCAGGUCCUUAGAGAUUGUGGGUCCAGCAACUAAGAGGUUUACAACAGCAGCAGACUCAGAGCUGUUGAGUGUAGUCAUGGGUUGCUGUGUUCAUGUCCAGCCUCAUCUCCGUAGUUAUGAGCCUGUUCAGCUCCAGGUUGUUCAGUCCGCAUGAGAGCAAGCUGUUCCUCUUCCUGUCUCAGUAUGAAACAAGCAGCAUGGCCAGGUCUGAUGGCUGUCCAGAUCUGUGUGGUGAACCCAGGGCAUUAAAGGUUGGAUCUUGUGAGCUCUGGUGCUCUCCUCUCUGUCUUCAUUAACUGUCUUAGCAGCUUCUUAAAUCAGCCCUGGAGGGGAGUGGCUGAUAACCUUUUGAACUCCUCUUUUAAGCUUUAUAUUGACUAAAACUGACGCGAGGGUGUCCUGCUUGGGUGAUGGGCUGGUGCUUGGGUUGUAGCUCAUAACAGGAUUGUCUUUUAUGGGGAUUGAGGCCUUUUUCUCAUCACAUUAGAUGACGAUUUGACUAGUUAAUUCAAGGAAGAAGCUUGACCGAGUCCAUCAAGCCUAGAGUGUGCAUGCAGCAGGCAUGAUAAGACUCAUAUAAUGGAAAUGUAGUCAAAAUGUCUUGUUGUGUUUCUACUCCUGUCUCUUAAAGUCUGCAGCAACACAUUGUUUUUUUUUUAACAGUAUGUCCAAUUAGCAAUUCCAAUCCCCUAAGCUAAGAUGGCAAAUGUGGUUAACACCUGAGCUACUUUUCAUUCCAGUGACUUCAAGAAAGUAAGUAUUCAAGGAUUAUCACAUGGUUCAAAGCAGAACUAUGCAUCCAUCCUUGAGGAAAAACUGACUUGUAUCCACAUUGUUUCCAAUGGCCAGCAGGAGGAGACUCUUCAAAUGGUCCUUCACAUGGUGGUUACCACAAAAACCAAGGUGAUGACUGCCAGUGUGCCAUAAUUAAGGCGUCAAACAGGGGUUCAUAAAUUGAGAUUGUUCAGGGAUCUUGGUUUUGUCAAGUUACUUGAACCCAUGGAUUAUAUAAAAUAACAUACAGAGCUACCUCAGUGAAGCCACAGCUUACACAAGAGCCCCUAUGAGAGUGAAUUUACGCUCCUCUAGACAAAAACAAAGCCCUCUGAUUUAAAUUGGCGUUGUUAUCACAACCCUCAUGCUCCCUUUGAAUUUAAUGGACAGUGCUUCAACUAGAUGGUGCCAUUCAGACUCAAAUGUUAUCCCAAAAAGGAAGAAGAAUCAAAGUUUAUGACAAUGACUAAUAUGGUCAUUAUGAAGGGAGUAUUGAUGGAGUAUCUAUGAAGAAAGACAAAAUCUGGAGCAGUGUUGCUAAAAGCACAGUAUAUGGGUGGAGAAUUUGUUUUUUUAAAUUAUUAUGUUUUGUUUUAUUUCUUGCAUAGUUUAAGGUUAGAGCGAUUGGCUUUACUAACCUCCCACCUUUAGGUGGCACUGCAAUGUUUGGUGUUUAUCAAAAAGCUUGCGAAAAUCAAAAUAAUUAAAAAAAAUGAAUGCAGAGUACAGAUGUAUAUGUGUCUGGUGUAGAGCACAAGAAAGCCUCAAGUGGUCAAUCAAGGUACUGCAGUUUUUAGUACUUCUGUUCCAGUGGCAUUUCUCAAUACUGGAGGAGGCUGCUUGGAUUGAACAUAGGCCAAAGUAGAACACCAAAAUACACUUUCCUCCAACAUAGUUUUCUCAUGGUGCAAUUUUAUCAUGCUGAUUAUUUUUUUUAUGAAUGUGCUCCUCUUUCAGCGUGACCUCACAUCAUGUAACACCAUGAUUGACAGCUGUGUCAGCGCCUCUUUGCUGAUUAGCAGAGCAGAGGAGGGACAAGAGAAACAUAUUGAACACUGACACAAGUCAUUGAUCUUUCCAUAACCUGGAGUGUCAGCUCCAUAUCAAAACAAGAAUCUGUUCCACUGAGGGAUAUUUGACAUUUUAUCAGUAAGCUAAGUUCGUGUUUUGGUUAGCAUGAGGGGUGUGACAACAGCACCCUGACUCUGCAGAUAAGUUGGCUUGACUCACAUCUCAGAACUAGGAGAACGGAGGCACGUUGUUCAUGGUAACAUAUACUCAAUGUCCAAGCAGGACAGGAAUCCCUGGAAUGUGAUUUGCUUCAGUAUUUGAGGUGACCUUUGACCUUCUAUUUUUAUAUACAUAAAUCUUUCGUGUCUUGCUAAGCCUAAAAGCCCAGAAAAAGAGAGAAUCAGGGGAUUGUAACUUAAAAUCAUCUGGUCAAACUAUGCAAACUCCAAUUCUUUUCUAAUGAAGGCUGAUAAAAUGUUGAGUACAAAUCUCCACCUUUGUUAAGAAGGUCAGAAGAGCAGCUUAAGACAACAAUGGCAUUAGUGAAACACACAUCAGUCUAUUAUUUUGGUUUGUUUUAUUUGCCUCUUUGCUGUUGUAAGACUGUGGUUAGAUUUACAGUCAGUACCAGAGCUCACUCAUUGUGUGAUCCCUCUGUCACAGUAGCCAGUGCAUUGUGUAGGGCAGCAUGACAAAGAGGCCGAAUUGCAAGUCCGAGUGCCCAGAAAUAGAUGGGCUGAGGUCACUGUACAACAGGGACAACCUGCUGGUCAGUCACACUCACACUCAGUCAGAGGCCGACACUCCGGCUGAGUGCAUUUGUUUGUUUUUCUCACACGUUUCCUGUUGUGGAAUGCGUCACUGCUUCCUGCUCGGCUCUCCAAUGGGCAACAAACCAGAGAAGUCACUGCUGACUAACUGCCCUCUAACAUCCCCUCUCACUCUCAGUUUGGGGUUAGGGUGACUCUUUCAAAGAAAAAUCCAUGAUACCUUGAUUUUUUUUGCUCAGGUAACAGAGUUUUUUUUUUGUUUUGAGGUAUAAAGAUACAAAAUCACACCUGAGAAGGACACUGAAUCCUCCACAGCUUAGGGGGAAAGUUGUUUUGUCAAUUCAAUCAGACCUUGCAGAUUGAAUUCACUGAAAUUCCCCCAUAUUGUUUUUUAUAACUUCUUUGAAGCUCUGUUAAGGAAGUUUUUGGCAUUUUGAAAUAGACUGAAACUUCUACUUGUGCCUUUUAUGGUUACAAAAGCAAAGAAAGCUACAAGGACGAAAUUGGCAAUUUGUAUAUUGACAUCUUUAAUGGGUACAAGGAGUAAAAGUGUCGUCUGAGAAGCUGAAGACACAAACCUGUUUUUACAAAUUUGAGAUCAAAUGUUGAAGAUAAAUGAUUGAUUUGCCCAUCAAAAGUCAGCAGGAUGAGAUUUAUUCUCAAAGACACCGUUUAAGUAAAUAAAGGACAAGAUAAGUAAAGACUGCCAAAGUAGAGACAAACAUUAGGUUUAGGUUUGCUCUUGAAGGUCAGUGUCAGUGUGUCACACCAGCAUCACAAAACAUGAACCAACUUAUUCCUGUUUCUCAAUAUUUGGAUAAUCUGACUGAUACUUCUUCCUGUUUCUGACAUGACGCAGGACACUUCCCAGGAAAAACACUCAGAUAUGAUCUUGUUUUUUUUGCCAUCUGUCCAAACCAAUUUCUUUAUUUGUUCAUGUUUGCUGUGUUUUUAGCCACACAGUCACUCAGUGAAAGUAUAUUAGAGAGGCAAAUUGCUCCCAGUCAUUGACUUUCCUUUUAAUUCAACUUAAGCAGGCCAGUUAAAAGUGACCAAAGUCAGCUGUGGUCAAAGUUAGUCACGGCUUCCUUCAGCUGCAUCCUCUUUCAACAUUUCGUCAGAGUGAAGCUUAACACUUUUAUCUUCCCUUCUUUCAGUCUCAUAGGUCUCAUAUUACUCAACGGCUCAUGCACCAUGAAACACAAUCUCCUUCUCACACACAUAGCAGACAUCCUGAAACAUCAUUACCCACUAAUAUGGCGGUUGGAAAGCUUGAAUGUAAAAACAGUCAUGCUAACACAGCGGUUAGCAUAUUUUUAUGAUAAUUGAACUGAGCAAGUUUCCAUUGCGGGAUAAAAAUAUCAUUCCUGGGUCUGUCAAUGUGGUCGGGGCCUGUGGUGUGCACGUCUCUUCUGGAGAAAUCAGCUGAAUAGAGCAUGAAUGGAAAGCCAGAGAUUGAAAGUUGGAAAAACAAGAUGAAGUGGAGAUGUUUUUGUUUCCUUAGAUGAUCAUUUCACACACAGACUCACACAAGGAGAUGCGCACACACACUGAGACGCAGCUUGAUCAAUUUUCAUAGUUUGAUGGCAGACGGAGGUACAGCACUGCUUGUUUGCACACACAUUUAUGCCUUUUAGCUGUCUGACCCUGAGGAGGGAGGAAAUGAAUACAGUGAAAUGAAAGACAAUAGCAGCUUUUUAAAAAGGGAACGAUCCAGACAAACAAUGAUACACACCGAUGCCUCCUCUCAAUGCCAAGCCUUAAAGAAGGAAGGUAACAGGGUACGCAUUUAUUUAUUCAUGGCCAACUGAUUCCACAAAGGACAGUUCCUACUUUCUAUUCUCACACUUUUUCUUCUUGUUUUGAAGCAUUUGUGCUAUUUCUUAAUUUCUUUUUCAUAAACACAGAAUCCAAAUAUAUUCUGUGUAAACUGUUAAGACAAACAGAUAUUUAUCACGGAUCUGUAUCAUCUACCUUUUCACAACACUGGAUGUCUGUAAAGGCAGUUUCUGGAGUUUAAAGGUGAUAUGCUGUCCCGUUCAAAUUUCAGGACAGCAGACUCUCCAGUUUAGUACCCUUGAUCUUUUAUUACAUAUUCGUGUUGGAAUUCCUGUAGAAUGUGGUUUGGCAUGGUCUGGCUAAAAUAUGCAAUGUCAUCCCUGAAAAAACCACUGCUGAUUCAAAACCUAAGUAUGUGCCAUCAGUACUAAAGAUGCCUUUCUGGAUGUGUAAUCCACUCAUGCCAUGAUCUCAGCAUCCAUACCAUCAUGCAUGCUGACUUUUGACCUGUCUGCUGAUAACGAGCUGGGUGGUCCCGUUCUUCUUUGGCAUCCAUGAUUUCCACGAUGAAAGCCAAAUUUUCAUUCAUCAGACCACAGGACAGUUUUCCACUUAGCUGCAGUCAUUCUGAAAUGGGCUCAGGACCGGAGAAGUUGCUGGCGUUUCUGGAUCAUGUUUCAUACUUGGUUUCUUUUUUGCAAACAGUUGUAACCUGCAUUUAUGGAUGCAGCAAUGAGCUAUGUUCACGAUACAAUACACUAUAUUGUACCCUUAGGCCGCCAAGUGAUGACACAAAGUGACUAACAAAGACACACAACCCACGCACAUUGCACAUACACACAUUGCACAAGAAUCCCACAGAAAUGGUCAAAAGAAACACACCGACAAUAAAUGACAAAGAACAAGACACAGCAAGGUGAGAAAAGGCAAACAAGACCAAAAAAGAAAUGAUAAGAUAACACUGUGACAUGCACGCGCGGACCGUGAUUUUUUUUAGAUGAUUUCCCAUGCAGUGAUUCCUACAACAGAGUCAUUUCAGUGAAACACAGUGGUGCUUGUCUUUUGCAUGGGGAUCUUUCCAAGUCCUCUGAAUACUUUAUGUAUAACAUGUACUUUAGAUGAGGAAGUCCACAAUUCUUUGCAAUUUUACUCUGAGGAACAUUCUUCUAAAACUCUUGAACUAUUUGCUCAGUCUCUUACAGUGAUGAACCUCUUACCAACUUUACCUCUAAGAUACUUGUUCUAUCCAGUCAUCUUUACCUGAAAUUAAUCAUAUCAGUUUUGAGAUGUUACUCCAGAUUUUUGUUUUUAUUCAGCAUUACAGCAUUAUACAACUUUCUCUGUGUUUUUUAGUCCUUGUGUGAAAAGCUUUUCACCGUCAGCUUUUUGAUUCUUUUGUUUUUGCACUUAAAAAAAACAUUUGGAUUUGAAAGACUCGCGAACCAUGAAAUCUAUGCAGCUAAAUUUUACACAUCAUCCCAGUGCUUUUGGAGCUAGGGUCGCACAGAAGCUCAUGAAGUGCUCGAUUGCUUCCCUUAAGAAUUCCUAUAAAACUCUAACUACUGAGGAAAACAGAAAAAACAGCUACCUUUAAUUAAAAGAAAAUAAAAGCUUUUAUACUUACUAUACAUUGAAAAACAAGCCUUAGUGCAACAGGUUUAGGUUAUUAUAGAAAUGGUAGUGCAUGUGUCUAUACAUAGAAACAUAUGUUUUGGAAGAGACUUAACCAGGAACAGCAAAGACAAACUUGUGGUCACAGAAACCACAACCAGCUCAGUGGCCUCUGUGGCCUCUUCACUACCCUUUCACAGGCUUCCACUGAAGAGAAACAUCCUUUUAGUCCUAAUUUAGUGCCUCUUCGUGUCCUCAAAAACACCAAUUUUUGUAAGUAUGGCCCACCUUUGGCUGGAUAAUCAUUAUGGUGCAAGGGCAUAACACAAAUAUUUUGAAAGAGGUCCCAGUUCAAUGUGUAAUGGUCUCUGAAGUGUAGCCGCACACACUGACUAGGCCUCCUCUCUUUGCCUUUAUCACAUUAUUUCAAAGUCUCCAUUCCUGCCUCUGCUACAUGCUUUAAACACGAUUAGUGUUCUGGACAAUCAUGUAAAAACCAAGUAAAAGUGAUUGUCCAGUGAAAAAAAAGGACAUCUCCCGUUUGAGGGCUGUAACAAUCAUAGAGAUGUGUGCAUGAGAACACAAACUCAAAGUCCCACCCACACAAACCCAUUUCAGCUGAUAACAAUAAUCCUGUGACUCUCUCUGUACUACCUGAUGGUUUUGCCUAAGCAAAUGAAGGUUGAAAGAGUUUGAAAUACACACGUGUUCAUUGUCAAUGCCAGGCUCCAAAUAUCUAAAACAAAUCAAGGACAUAGAGAAAAUAAUCAGGCCACAUGAACUCAACUUACACUUAUCAGAUUAAGAGUAUAAAGCUGUUUCAUAUUCUUCCUUUGCAUGCAGUUCACAUCACUGCUGGUGACGAUGUCAAGCAAGGAUCCCCCAGGAUGCUCAGUGUUGGAAUGAUGUGCCCUAAUUGAAAAUGCAAAGAAAUUGGUCGAUUUUGAGCAAUACAUGGGCAUUACAGCCGUUGAUUUUGGUCCCACUCCGAUUGUUGUUGUUUUUUUUGUACUAAAAGUGUUAUCAGCGAUCUUUAAAUUGCGAUUUUGAAGUUUUUAACAAAAAUCACGUUACCUGUGUCAUUUUCAAGGGCUUUUCUUCUGCAGAGCACCAGUAGCACAUUAGCAGAGACAGUGCUGCUCUGCACACUCGUCUUCGCAUUAGCUUGUAGCCCAAUAUUGCCGGUAUAGUACAAGUGACAUUUAUGUCUUUAGGGGCAAGAUGAAAGUUAAUAUCAUAAUUAGCUCUUACAAAGCUGCACAUGCUUAAUCCGCGUCUGUCCUCUCUACUUCCCAUGAGCCUGGCCUGCAUAGCUGGGCUCUGGGGGCGGAGCUUGGAAUUGUGACGUAGGAAAUCUCACUGUGUCUGAACCUGACGUUUGGGUCUGUCAGAGAUUCACAGAGAUUUGAAUGCAGAAAUACUCAGAAAUGUAAAGUCACACUUACUUUUCUCAUGAUAUGUCCUAUAGCAUCAGAAAAAUGCCAUAUGAGCAUGUAAAGAACAACAGCCUUACUUUGUUGUAUCUGUCAAAUAACUGCAGUUCUUCCUGUAAACUGCACCUUUGUGCCGAUUAUUGCUCCAACAGGUAUCACAUUGGUGUUAUACCAUAUGUCACAGUUGCUGAAAAAGAAACAAACACUAAAUUAAGUGUUAACGAGAAAUAUAGUUUUUCAAAGGGAAAAUCUGUAGCGCUAAAUGUCCUCGCUGUUUAAACAGAAAGUUACAUGGCAAUGAACUGACAAGUUAAGCAUUAAGAAAAAACUCAAACUGUCAGAACUGUGUAAUUUAUAAAACACAGUAUUUACCCACAGAGUUCAUAGGAAGUUUUUCCAAUUCUGUUGCAUUUGUAAGCUUUAUAAGUCAUCAAAUGGAGACAAACAAAAUAUGCUGUUUCCCAGCUCAGCACUGAUUUUGAUCUUCUGAAAGCAGCUCAGAGUCCAGAAUCAUCUAACAUUUACCUUUGUCCCUUCAAUCAUUAUUAUUAUUUCUUUUUGUAAUGUGACCAAAGCUCCCAUGAGGAGUUAUUGUAUAUCUGUGAAACAGAAUGAAAUUCAUCUUGGAGUCUUUUCCCAACUUACAAAGGCACAGAGGACUAUAACUAACAAGAUUGAGGACUUUUAUGCUGUCAUUUUUUCCAGACUUUCUAAAGCAAAUCUGACAUCCUGAACCCUGCAAAUUAAAACUCCAGUAAGGAACUCUUUGUGUCAGCUUUUGCGCCCCUGUAGAUAAAGCAGUCUUUGCUUUUCUUGAUCUCCACAUACUGAAGUCAUGUCUUUUGAAACAAUCUCACCCUACUGACUUUUGACAGUCAAGUUUAACACUUUUUUGUUCAUAUUUGAAAUGAAAAAUAUAGAAAAGUAUCUUUUCCCUCAGUGGCUUUAUUGACGUUAAACACCUGACACUAAAAAAAAUUACAAUCUGAAAAUCAGCAGUCUUGUUGCUGAUGGUCUUGUUUGCUUUUGUAUGUCAUAAAAAGGCAUCAACAUGAAUUCCAGUCUGUGUAAUAAAUGUCAAUAACUCCUCACAGGAACUUUAAGUUUGUGAGAAUAGCUGGAAUUUACCAAGUCAUUGUUCUGACUUAAUGAAACAUUCACAGGAAGGUCGGGGUAUUUUCACUCUCGCUUCAACAAAUGGUCUGAGUGACCUUUUUGAAAUCCGAUGGCAUUGUGGGUAAAGUCAACACUGGGUUUAUUUACCCUUUCUCUUUGCAAAAGGUGCCACAGUAUAAAGAAACAGAAAAUCACUAUGAGUCUCUUAACUGACGCAUGGUGAAUGAGAAAAAGUGUGUCACCCUCUAAAGAUCUUUGAGCCCCUGAUAGGCCAAAAGUCCCAGUUGUGGUGAUCUCAUCAUCACAGGUAGAUCUCCUCCACUGGGUUUCUGUCUUCCUACACCUGAAACUGACUGAACAGUCUCUCCUUUGUUCACUUUUCUCCCUUAAAUCACUCUUUCUAUAUUGCCUUCGGUGCUUCUAUAAGACAAUGCUUUCCCUCUCUCCCUUAAAUAAACUCUCCAGAGACCUUCUUAAAGGCUUUUGAUCGCUUUAUGUUGUUUUUCGGUGAUGCAAAUGUGUUUGUAAUUUAAGCUAUUUUAAACUCUUCUUUGGUGUGUCACAUGGCUGAGAUGAAAGCACUCUCUGGGACUGUGUGUGCAGUUCCUAAAAGCGAAUGUAUGUGUGUGUCCAAGUCUGAGCUGUCAUGGUCGCUUUAGCUCUUUCUCCUUGCUGCUGGUCUGCUGCUCAGGGAUGAGAGGGGAGAAAGAGAGAGAGAGAGGGGGCAGACAUGGGGAAAACAGGGUCACAUGUUGAGGAAGAGGGCUAUAAAAAGAGUCAUUAAAAAUGUGCGGAUAGAUAUGUCGGAGGUGGAGGUAAGGAUGAGCAGUGAAAGAUUCAGGCGAGCCGACUGGGUGUGAUGUAACCCUGGAGUGUAAUGUUGUAAACGGUUUAAAAGAGGGGGCAGGGAUGAGGCGGGCUAAGGGAUAAAGGGGUGCAGGGAGGGAUGUGUUUUUCUGGGAAAUUAGAUUUUGGAGAAAAUAAAUCACCAGUGUGUGUCAGUGGAGCUUUAAACUCUGAAUACUGACAUACAUGAUACAGAAUUAAUCAGUGCCAAAGUGCAGAAAUGAGUUCAAACUUUCACCGUCUUGUCUUUGUUUUGUCUUCAAACUGUCACUUAGGCCAGGUUUUUGGAUACUUUAUGCCCCUACCCUCAAGACAGACGCUUUAUUGUUAAAAUGUAAAUCAAAACACAGUCAAAAUAGAUCAUUCAAAUAAGAUACAUCCUUUAUUGUUUGCUCUAUUGGUGCCAGACUUUGUGUGAAGAAAACAAAGAGCUAAAUAAGAACAGUUGUGAGUGUGUGUGUGUGUGUAGUCGAUCGGUGUUGCACACAAUGUUUCCACAGAGCCCCACUGAGCCUGAUGCAAGUCAAUGAAAAAAAUUGCAGCUGUUUUGACCGUUGUCCGCCCCCCCACUCCCCCACCGCUCUCCCUUUCAAAGAAUUUUCAUUUGAAUUACAGCCCUGCUCAGUGUUUUGUUGUACUCAGAGGGGGGAGGGGUCCAAUUGGUCAGAAUCCCUUCCCCUGUCGACCAAUGUGAACGCUCCUUCUGCCUCCCGACCCCGCCCCCUCGUGCCCCGCUGAGGCUCCCGGUCUGACGUGUGAUUGGCCGGCUGGGAGGAGCCAGACCCAGUAUUAAAGCCUGUCCCGUCUGCUCCACUUCAGUGUUCAAAAGAGUCCCUGUCUGUCAGAAAGAGAAGUGUGUGUGUGUGCGUGGGUGUGUGUGUGUAUCAGUGUGUGGAUGCUUUUGUUAAUGAGAGGCAGAGCGAAAACUGAGAGGUCUACCUUUAUCUCACUUGGACUUGCAUCUCUUUUUUACCCUCUCCAGGACUGUGGGGCUCUGAGCUGGCCGGCUUUUUGUGUCAGAUGACAGCUGGAGAGGAGGACCAGCUUGACAGACGAGUUGGACAGAGAUUGCAAACAGGAUCAUAGAGGCUGUCGUGUUUCAGGGGAUCAUUGCCAGCUGAUACACCAGACUUGCAUUUUGGAUAAAGAGUCGCCCUCGGCUGCACUGUGGCUGACCGCUGACCCCGAUCUGCAGCCUAACCUUCUUUGGGGUCACCACUGAGCUAAUAGAUCUGGGCCUGAUGAGGAAUUUGACCCCGACUGACCCUUGCCAACGAGUAGCCUUUAACCAAGCCUGAACUGGGAAAAUCGAGGGAUAAAGGAGCAAGAGGGGCGACAGAGGAGAAAGAGAAGAAAAAGACAGAAGUGAGAGAAGCAGCACAGCGACCGGUAAGGAAGUUAAAGGGGGUUCUGGGUGCGAGGGAGGGGGGGAGAAGGGGGGAGAGAGGAGAGAAAAGAGAGAGUACAAAAGAGCUUUUUUUCUUAAGCUUAAAGGGGACAUGUGGGAGCUCCACUCUCACCCACUUCUCCUUCUGUCAGGUCUAAUGUUUUUGUCUCUAGUCUUACCUAACUCUUGUCUACAACAUUGUAAUGACUAAAAAUAACUUUUCUGACUUUAAACACGAGAAAAGAAAGUGAAGUAGUCUUUCUUAUUUCGGCUUUACUUCUUUUAAACACGAUUUUGUUCUUCAAACUGUUAAACUGACUGAAAAAUCCCACUUUCUCUCUCUCUGUCGUUCCAGCAUGCCGGUGGAGACGCUGCGGCCAUCAGACGGCCAUCUGGCCGGGGUUCCCUUCACCUCCGCCAUGCCCUUCAGGAUACUUAACAAGGGUCCGGACUACUUCCGUCGUCAGGCGGAUCCUGGGGCUCGUAAAUUGAGCGCUGUGGAGCGUUUGGAGGCAGACAAGGCCAAAUACGUAAAAAGCCAGCAGGUAGCCCUCACCCGCCAGGCCCCUAUCAAACCACCAAUCAUUCGAAAGCCCCUCCUCCCUCCAGGGAUGAUGCUCCAGUGCCAGAUCAGCACUCCUCCAGCCCGCAAAGUUCCCCGAUGUCCAGCUGAUGUGGAGAACGGAGGAGGCAGAGAGGGGCCUGGAGGAAGGAGAGGACCUGCUCUUAACCUGGAUAUUCUCAAUAAUCUUAUCAAUGAUGUAUGUGAUGGACCAGUGCCAUGCUCUCAGUCCUCUUCCUCCACCUCCCCCUCUUCAUCAUCCCCUUCAUCGGGAGCUAAGAGCAUAGGCAGCAGCCUCUCAGCAGAGCAGGAGAGAAGUAACCGACUCCUCAACCACCUCAAACCACUCAAUCACUCCACCAUCAACUCCUCAUCCACCUCCUCCAGCACCUCCUCUCCGCUCAAUAACAACCUCAAGGUUCAGGCAGCAGAGCCAGUUCGUCGUCCACCCCCUGUUCCAGCACGAGCACCUCGCAUUGCAGUGCAAGCUCUCUAUAACGGCCCCAACUCGGUGACAGUUCGCAGGGUGGAUGUGCGGCCUCAAGCUGAGAUCAGGAAGCCUCAGAGGGCACAGCUGCAGCCCCCUCUCAGACCCAGACAGACUGCCCAAGGCCAGGUCCCUCACCCUAAUGUACCACCUCCUCCACCCCCUACGAGCAAACCCCAAACUCAGCUCAAUACCGCGUCACAGACCCUGCCUCCCCCUCCAGCCUAUCCACCACCCAGUCCCAUGCUGGUGCGUGCAGGUAUGAUCCCUCCAGCUUCCCCUGCUUUCACUCGUAUCUCAAACGCUAGCUCCAAGGGAUCGUCUCGGAAGCACCCAUCGUUGCACCGCUCCAAGUCAGACCUGAGUGACCGCUACUCCCGCGCCACAGCCGACCUGGAACGUUUCUUCAACUACUGCGGGCUGGACCCGGAGGAGGUUGAGGGCAUGGGUGGAGUGGAGCUUUUCACAAGAGCCAACUCAGACAUUGUGUCCGUGUCCAAGCUCCGCAGUGUCAGCACGCCAAGCUCGGAGGCUGAUAGGAUGAGGGAGGACGGAGGAGAUGAGGAUGAUGAGGAUUCGCCAGCCAGAGCCAACGAACGUGUCCCUUAUGGUAUCUCAGUCAUCGAGAGGAAUGCCCGAGUCAUCAAGUGGCUGUAUGGCAUUCGUCAGGCGAGGGAUAAUACGAAUAAUGCUGUCUCUAAUGUAUAGACUGACAAAGACUUGAAAAGACAAAACCAGGGAAGCACUGCUUUUUGUAAGUCUGAAGAAGGGGAGCCCAUCUGUCCAUGUUCUGCUGCCUUACAUCACAUUGUUAUGGAAAUGACACACCAGUGGUUUUAAUCCGGGCUGCAGGUCAGGACUGCUUCCCUGCUGAACUGGAUGGACAACACAUUUCCCUUCCCCUUCACUUAAUCUUCAUAACAAUAAUGGUAUACGAAAGCAAUAACAGACUGGUAUAAAUGUUGAAGGUGAGAAUGAAGGCAAAGGAUGCUUGUGAUUUUCGUCCUCAUGUUAAGGUACUUAAUUUGUGUGUGUGUGGUUGUGUCUGUAUGGUUGUGUGUGUGGACUAGAGAUCUCAGCAGAGCAAAAGCCUGACUGGCUGCAAACUGAGACUCUGAUGCUGCACGGUCUGAACAAGCUACGAAGAGAACCACAUUGAUACUGUGAAACUUCACAUUCAACUUUCGUAAACACAGUGUAUUUUAAAGAAAUCUUUUGGCUGUAGGACUGUUCAUAUACAUAUUUAUGUCAGCAUGCAAGUGAACCAUUUUUAUAUGCUAAUUUUUUAGGGUUUAUCAUCUCAAAAGAAGCACAGACAUCACUCUCACAAAGAUAAUCACGUCACAACACAUUCAGGUUGAGUACAGUAAAUAUGGCAGCAGCUGCACUUAGUGCUGUCUGUAUAUCGAUGUCUAGUUCUGUGUUUGCACCCGAAACAACACGUCUUGGAUUAUGCUACACUAGCGCAGCAACAGAAAUCUGUUUACUAUGUAUGUCUUGGCACAGAGAAGAGAGUAAGCCAUAUAUGAUAAGGGAGGCCCGAUAUGUGGAUGGUUGCAGUAAGUGUAGUUUGAGAAACUCCUUGUUUCCACUUAUUUAUGUGCAUAGACGUGGUCCAUGCAGUCCUCUGGGAAUCUCUGUGAUCUCUGAUGUGCCCACAAAACUCCACCCCACAAUAAUAAUUCUAAUCGGCUUCAAAUACACUAAAAUAUCAAACUUUCUGAGACACAACUGUCAAUUUGUACUGCACAUGUGCAAAACGUACGUUACUUCUUGUGUAUGACACACAUGACCAGUAUCUUUAUUUGACCCCUAUUAAACAAAAACAAAAAAAUAUAUUAUUUAAUUUAUUCUAUAAAUUAAAUUUGUUAACAAGAAGCCUACACAUUAUGGACAAUGUAUUUCAGCAUUUUUAUACAGCGUUUCAAUUUCAACAAUGAAAUAAUCACAUUCAUUCAAGCCUUUUAUAACUACGUUGCACUUUUACAAAUAAGCUUUAAUCGUGGAACUGGGUACCAUUCUCUUGACUUUCCAGCGCACUGCUUCAGUCAGGGGAAGUACUCUGUUCAGGAGGAAAGCAGAGAUAAACUGAAGCAUCCAUUCUGACUGAAGCGAGCUCUCUGAUGCUGAAGCGGUUGAACAAGUGUCGAAGCUGUCGCAAACCGGUAGGGGCAAAAAAUUGCUGAGCUGUUACAAAGAUGGCUAGUAGAGGAAGUGACGUAUGUUUUGCACAUGCGCAGUACAAAUCUCCAGGAUGGACCAGGUACCGACAACAAUAUUGCAGUUUGCCAUUCUUAAACAAGUAAUUUGCUUCAGUUCAGUGGCCAAUGUUGAUUGUUGAGUGUUUUAUUUAUGAUUUAAAAAAAUAAACUCGUAAACUGACUUGCAGCACAUUGUGAAUCUAGGUAAUGUUAAUCUGCUAAAAUUGAGCAGUGCUAGUUCAAGCAGGUCACAGAGUCAAGCUCAGCCCACAGUCCUUCAGCUGAUGCUAAUGCCAGACUAUAUCGGCUAUCAGCUCAUUGCUUUCUUCGUAUCCAGUUGGAAAACGUCAAAAAUGGGCUAUCUAUUUCCACUUCUUUAGCCUGCCCACUCUCGCUGCUUCUUUUUAUUCUGUGUCUUAUGUAAUUGUCACUGAUGAUGCCUGCUGUUCUGUAAGUCAGAUGGGUCUUUGCUGCUGCUCUCCCUGUCUUGGCUUUCAGCACAUACAACAAAGGAGGGGUGUAUUCUGCCUGCCGUAGGCUUUGGCAUUUCAUGUAAACAUGUGAAAGGGCAUGUAGCUCUUAGAGACAAGCCAUACCACCAAAUAUAACCUGUUGCAUGAAAAUAAUUUGGUCUCCUUAAUGAAAGUGGUUCAGUCUGAAAUAUGGUGUUACAUUUUACAGUCACAUUUCAGUUUGGUACAAAAUACAGAAAGUUUUAUCAGAUAUGGUCAAGAUUUGCCUCUCCCAGUGGUCACAGUUAGUUUUUAUCAGUUUACCCAUGAACAGGUGCACCUUUUUGCGUUGUACUCAAAAAGUAUAAUUUGUUUAUUUACCUGUCUUGGUAAACCCCAGUCACAUUUGUAAGUGGAAACAAAGUGAAAAGUUAUUAGCCUCCACAAAGAUGAAACAAAAUAAAAGAAAAACAGAACGAGUACUCAUGAAUCAAAAAAUGAUGUCCACGCUGUGUGAGUACUGUUUGUCUGCGAUUCUGAACGUGUCUCAGGAAGAUGUACUCAGUACAAUGAAAAUGGACCAAUUUGGAAAAUGUAUUUUUUUUUCAUUUUAAAUGACUCUGUGUACAGAAUUCAAUCUUUGCUCUUAAGUGCAAUCUGAUCAUAUCUACUACAAAUACAGUAAAUGUGGAUUAAUGUGUAUUUAUUUAACUUCUUGUUUGUAACAGCAGGAGAAAGAGAGUUGAUCUGCUUCCUUUGUACUCUUUCUCUACUCUGCAUCUGCUCUCUUUAACUUCAGGGUAUUCAGUAUGAGCACCAGCGAGUCUUUCCUCUGAUAACCACAGAUAGAACUGUGCAUAUAAAUAUAUAUAUAUAUAUAUAUAUGUAUUUAUAUAUAUUUAUAUUUAGUAUCAGUAUCAGUAUCAGUCAGAUCAACACGUCAAAAGUGAUGUCAGAUAGUAUGUGCAGUUAAACCCGGCACUGGUUGCCCAAAGAGUCUUUGAGUGAGAGAUCCAAAAUGCUUUACUAUGGUGAAUUCUUAACAGUUAAUAAAAAAAAUCUUAGACUAC